AUGGCUCUAAUUCUCUGGGCAGUGACUACUGGAGAGACGUACCUUUCUACACUGGUAAGGCAGCAUUUUGAUCACCUCACAUUGUAUGCAUGGCGCUUGCCUGACCCCUUUCAAGCUCUCUCACAAGGAUGCAUCUCAACGGAAGCAGAUGUCUGGCUGUACAACGGCACUCUCUAUGUCGGUCAUGACACGUCUUCUCUAACAGAAGAGAGAACCCUGGAAUCAUUGUACAUUAAUCCAAUCCUCGAUGUUCUCAAGCGCCAGAAUCCUCGAUCGCGCUUUGUGACGUCCUCCACCCACAAUGGCGUCUUCGACACUUCGGUUUCCCAAACGCUUUACCUGUUCAUUGAUGCAAAGACCGACGGACAUGAGACCUUCAAGGCUGUGAUUGAUGCCUUGGAACCACUGCGUGAACAUGGUUAUUUGACGACUCUGAAGAAUAACAAGACCAUCACCAAUGGGCCCAUUACCGUGAUCGGCACGGGCAACACGCCCUAUGAUAUGGUUGCGCCUGUCGCAAACAGAGACUACUUUUUUGAUGCUCACCUCGAGUCCUUGAACGAGCCUGAGAAUGCCGGCAUCACAGGCCUGAUCUCUCCCAUCGCGUCUACAAGCUUUGCGCAUGUCAUCGGCACAGUUUCGGAGGGUGAUUCUGAAGCGAUAUUGACAGAGAAGCAGCUCAGCACUCUCCGCUCGCAAAUCGCGACCGCAAAGGAAAGGGGCAUUGGAGCCAGAUAUUGGGAGACGCCCAGCUAUCCCAUCAGGACCCGUAAUUCGGUCUGGAGAACUCUGCUGAAGGAGGGUGUUGCGCUCCUGAAUGCCGAUGACCUCGAGGCUGCGGCCAAUUAUUUCUGA